AUGGACGGCUCGCGCGAUCUUCCAUCGGGCUCCGGCCAGGAUCACGCAGGAUACAGAAUCAGCACCACGAUCAGAAGUUUCUUUGAAAGCAUUGCUGGGUCAGCUACUGAUCCAACCAAUACUGUUAUCAAUGGCGCCACUGUACAGUCCCGGCCCCUUCUGGCCAGAGUGCUUGCCGAUGUUGCUUCUCAAGCACCUCGCAUAGGAGAGAAUAUCGGACUUCUUGGUUCUUUGGUCGACACGACACUGUUCGACGGCGGCCUUGUCGAUGAUCGCCAGUAUCAAAUGGAGAGAAUUCUCCAAUUGGCAGCUUCGCUGCCUCCCGGGUCGAAGUCUCUUGAUGACUUGACCAGCCAAUUCAUCAAAUUGCUUUGGGAGAACUUGGAGCACCCUCCCCUGUCAUAUCAGGGUGAUGAGUACAAAUACCGAACCGCUGAUGGCUCCAACAACAACAUCAUGUAUCCGCAUCUUGGCAAGGCUGGUUCUUAUUAUGCGAGGACAGUCACUCCUCAAACACUCAAGCCGGGAGUGCUGCCUGAUCCCGGCGUCAUCUUCGAUGCCAUCUUCGCCCGGGGUGAGGAGCCUAGAGAACACCCGAAUAAGAUCUCUAGCAUGCUCUUCUACCUCGCAACUAUAAUCAUUCACGACUGUUUUCACACCAAUGACAGCGAUUAUUCAGUAGUCAAGACGUCUUCCUACUUGGACCUGGCACCUCUGUAUGGUAGCAGCCAGGACGAGCAGAACCAGAUCAGAACGUUCAAGGACGGUCUCUUGAAGCCCGACAGUUUCUGCGAGAAACGGAUUCUCGGCUUCCCGCCAGGAGUUUCUGCCAUCAUUGUCUGCUUCAACCGCUUCCACAACUACGUUGCCAUGCAGCUCAAGGAAAUCAACGAAGGAGGUCGCUUCAAGCUGCCAAAGAACGACCAGGACACAGCGGCUAUUACUAAACUGGACAACGACCUAUUCCAGACGGCCAGACUGGUGACCUGCGGCCUCUAUGUCAAUAUCAUUCUUAAUGACUAUGUCCGAACAAUCCUGAAUCUCAACCGCACUAACUCAACUUGGACGCUGGAUCCACGGAAGAACUUCGCGGAUGUUUUUGACAGCGCCGGGAUCCCUUCAGGCGUGGGGAAUCAAGUUAGUGUGGAGUUCAACCUGAUCUACAGAUGGCACUCAGCUAUCAGCAUCAAGGACGAGAAAUGGACGAAUGAUCUGUAUCAGUCUCUUUUCCCUGGGAGAGAUGUCGCUACCGUCACCGAGUGGGAGCUGCUACCAAGACUGAAAAAGUGGUUGGACGAUCGCGGCCCGGACCCUGCUAAAUGGGAACUUGACUCGGGUAGAUACAAACGGACACAGAGAGGGACCUUUCGGGAUGAAGAUCUCAUUAAGAUCCUGACCGAGGCCACCGAAGAUGUCGCUUGCGCGUUUGGACCUAGGAACGUGCCCCUGGUUAUGAAGUUGAUUGAUGUCUUGGGUAUCCAGCAAGCACGAGCCUGGAACGUGGCGACGCUCAACGAGUUCCGGAAGUUCUUCAAACUUGAGCCUCACAAGACCUUCUCGGACAUUACCAAGAAUACGGAAGUUGCACGUUCAUUGAAAGCUCUCUAUGAACACCCUGACUACGUCGAGCUGUAUCCUGGCAUAGUUGCCGAAGAUGCAAAGGAUCCAUUGGAGCCUGGAUCCGGUUUAUGUCCUGGCUUUACCAUCUCUCGAACCAUUCUGGCAGACGCCGUAGCUCUUACCAGGGGCGAUCGAUUCUAUACCGUCGACUACACCCCUGCGAACCUGACCAAUUGGGGCUGGUCUCAAGUCAAAUCGGACCCCACCGUUGCACAGGGAGGCUGCUUCUAUACCUUGCUCAUGCGAGCUCUACCAUUUUACUACCGAGGCAAUUCAGUCUAUGCCAUGUUUCCAUUGACAGUUCCUGAAGAGAACCGUAAGAUCCUGAGCAAGCUAGGUAAAGAGCAGGAUUACAACUUCGAUCCACCGACGUACGUCGGCGUGCCAACAUCGAUUCGGUCAUGGAAGGCUGUCACGGGAGUUCUCGCGGAUCAGGCUGCUUUCUCCGUGCCAUGGGGUCCACAUACUUUCUACCUCACUCAUCAAGAUUACAUGCUGAGCGGAGAUAGCGAGGCCAACGCCACCCAGCGGAAGGAAGUCCAGAACGCCCUCUACUGCCCGGUCAACGGUCUUGCACAGGUUCAAAAAUUCUACGAAGACCUAACCACUCAACUUGUGGUUGCCCGUUCUGAACGGCUCCGAGGAGAGUGGUACCAGCUUGACGCUUGUCGCGAUGUCGGCAACCCGUCCCAUGCUAUAUUCGUCGCCCGCAUGUUCCACUUGCCCCUUAAGAAGCCCGGAGAUGUGAACCCGGUCGGAGUCGAGGUCGACCAGCUCUACCUUGCGUUAUCCAUCAUGUUCGCCUACGUCUUCUUGGAUCUCGAUACUGCAAGCUCAUUCAAACUGCGUGCUAGUGCAAAGACGGCCAAUGAUCAACUCUCCAAGCUUGUCAAGAUCGUUUGCGAGGCGGUCAAAGUUGGUGGAGCACUCCGUAUUCGCGACUUGUUCUCUAUGGGAACUACUGGAGAGCUACUCGGCGACUAUGGGACCCUUCUCCUGCAACGCCUCUUCGAAGGAGGCAAGUCGGUUGAGGAGGUUGUGUCAACCAUCAUCCCCACCGCUGCGGCCGCUGUUGCCACUCAGGCCCAACAUUUCAUCCAGAUGUUGGAUGUUUACUUGUCAGACGAAUACAAGGAGCACUGGCCAGAGAUCCAACAAUGUGCUUGGUCAAACGAGCCUGCCGAUUUCGAGAAGCUCAAGGGAUACGCACUUGAAGCUAAUCGAUUGGCACCGGCGGCAUUCGGGCUCCUUCGCAAGGCAAACAUUGACACUGUGAUCCCCGACAACGGCCAGAAAGUUCAAGUCAAAUCUGGCGACCAAAUCUACGUCGACUUCAUUGCGGCUGGCUUAGACGAGAGCGUCUUCCCAAACCCGCGCAAGAUUGAUCCCACCAGGGAUCGAGCUCUGUACAUUCAUCACGGAUACGGUCCGCAUGCGUGCCUCGGCCGUCCGAUGGUUGAGAUGGCCAUGGCAGCUCAACUGAAGGUGUUUGCGAAGUUGAAGAACCUCAGACGCGCGCCAGGACCACAAGGGUAUCUCAAGAAGACCGUGCCGGCGCCCAAUCCCACCAGCAGCGACCCGAAGUCAAACCCAGGUACUGUUGAGGUGUUCAUGUUGGAGGACUGGAGUUCUUGGUACCCAUUCCCAACCAGCAUGAAAGUCCACCACGAGGGCCUCUGGAAGGACCAACCCGAAGCACUCGCAGGCGAGACUGGUGUGCCAGGUAUCCAGGAGGAGAUCAUGAACAGUGACAUGGCUGAAGCAAACGGAUUGAAUGGAGAUUAUAUGGAAGAGGACACGGCUUGA